AUGCUUAAUACGUUAAUAGCGGGUAUUACGAGGAUUAGCUUCGGCCUAAGUAAAAAAAUCGUCGCCCUAAGUACGGUAAAAAUAGAGACGUACUUCGGAACGAUAACUUUCUAUAUCCUACCCAUUAAUACCCCAUUUCUCUUAUAUCUAAAAAAUAUAAAUUAA